CAAGCUUAUGAGAUGCUGCGUCGUUGAACCGUUUGAAAACGCAGACCUUUUUUUUUUCUUUCUUUUUUUUUGGGCAGCGCAUCCUGUAUAACGUACAGGCUUCAGUGACUGCAAACGUAACAUGGGCUGGGGAUGCUUUUAUUGCAGUGGAGUGGACCUGCCUCCCCAGCUUUAAUUGGGCUUGGUUCCGGUGAGCGAAGAUAUUUGGACUGAAUGCAAUACGAUUCGUUCACUCGUAUUACAUGGGAAGCGCUACGGAUGGACAUUGAGUUGCGAGUUAAAUAAGGCUUCUUUAUAUUUUCUUUGGUCAAAUAAGCACAUAGUGGCUUCACCUCGAGCUCUCAAAUUCAAACGAAUUCCGCUGCACCGCCUGAAAUUCAUUCUCUCUGUCCGGGUGUCCGGCGGGAUGCGGAUGCACGUCCAGGAGCUGUCCGAGCUGUUGUGGUGCUGAUGCGGCUCUGAGCGCACGCGAGCAUGGCUGCCGGGAAGUUGCUGCUCUACGCCGGUCUGUCUCUCUCCCUCUGCGCUCUCGGGAUGCUGGCCGUGGCAAUCUGCUCCGACCACUGGUACGAGACGGACGCGCGAAGGUACCGAGAGCGGUGCCGAAGUUUCUCCAGUCGCCGGAAGGAUCCGGGCUUUAUUUACAUCCCCAACAAUAGCCUCCCUCUGCGCGCGAGCCGCUCGCUCCUAGACCAUUGGGAGGAGAAGCUGCUACUGUCGCGGAACCGACGGCAGCUUUUCGCCAUGAGCGCCGCCGAUGAGUGCAGCAGGCAGUAUAACUCCACCAACAUGGGGCUGUGGAGCAGAUGCCAUCGCCUGGGAUUUGAUCAAGAUAUCGAGGACCUCAUUCGCAAAGGGUCGAUUGCAAGAUGCUCCUAUAUCAAGUACCACUACUCCUCAGCCACAAUACCCAAGAAUCUCUCCUACAACAUCACUAAGACCAUACGUCAGGAUGAGUGGCACUCUUUGCAUCUGCGGAGGAUGACAGCAGGCUUCAUGGGAAUGGCAGUGGCCAUUAUUCUGUUCGGUUGGAUCAUUGGGAUGCUGGGCUGUUGCUGGGAUCGUGGCCUCAUGCAGUAUGUGGCAGGACUGCUCUUUCUUAUGGGAGGCACAUUUUGCAUAAUUUCCCUGUGCACCUGUGUAGCAGGCAUCAACUUUGAGCUGUCCCGUUAUCCACGUUACAUAUACGGUCUCCCGGAUGACAUCAGCCAUGGUUAUGGCUGGUCCAUGUUUUGUGCUUGGGGCGGUUUGGGACUGUCCCUCAUUGCUGGCUUCUUCUGUACACUGGCACCCUCCGUACAGCCAAUUCCCCGUUCCACAUGCCCCAAGUCCCGUCAAGAAAAUGGCACUGUGUGUUAAUCCCUGAUCCCUACAUGCAGCUGGACAGUGGAGGAAAAAAUACAUACAAAAAAAAUAGACCAUAACUGACGAUAAAAAUUAUGAAUUCAUAUAGAAUCAUUCUAAUCUCACCAACCAGGCCACAAAUGCCAUUUUAACCACAUGUAUGAGUGUCCCGAUUGUUCAAACGAAAACAGACAAAAAAGGCGAAAAAAUAGGCCAACAUGGUUAAUUGUAAAGAUUGUGUUGGUGAGCCUUUCUGUUGUUGAGAUAUGGCACAAGAAAAUGGUACGUUGUUAUGAGCACAAGAACAAAGAUGACAUGAAAUUAAGAAAAUACUUGCACAUUGUUCAACAACAAAGAGACAACAUUGCUCAUUUUGAUGCCAUUGGAUAAAUGGAUGGAUAUGGACAUAUAGACCGAUACCUAGAAACUGCCAAAUGUCCUCUCUUUGGAGUCUAUGGUAAUAGUGUCUGGAAAGCACCACAUGCAGCUAUAUAAGCAGUGUAUGGAUGUCCCGUGCCAAUGUUUUAAGCCCAGGAGCUCUGAGAGUUCUGAACUGCAAGGACCAUGGUGUUCAUUCUCGUGAGAGGACAACUAAUUGGACGCUUAGAUUUGGAUCUGUUAUGUUUGAAUUGUUUGUUGGGCCCUGGAGACUAUUAAAAUGCCUCUUGGGAUCUGGCUGAAGGAUCUGCUCAAGCGUGAAUCUCUAGAAGAUUUUAGGAAUGGGACAUGCCUGCUCAUGACAUUAUAUUGAUAUUUCUGUACAGCAAAUUGUAAUGAAAAAAAAAACCCAACAACAAUACUUAUAUUACAGAAGAUACAAAAAAAGAAAAAUCCAAUCCGAGAGGACACAUUUUUAAGCAUUUACUUGUUUUUCCAUUCUUCAUUUCUUAGUCCAAAUGGUGUCAGAGAACAUUUCUUACAUGCUUUCCAUUUUAUCAUGUGCUUUGGUUUUCUUGUAAUUACAUUUAUCAUUACAGUGAAUGAGUGAUUAGAGAGCGUGUGCAAAUUCUUUACCCAUUAUUCUCAUUGAAAAAAAUUGUGUUUUGCAGUCUUCAUAGAGAGAGAAAAAAACGGACAAACAAGUCGUCUAAUGUAAAAAUCAUACAAAGCAUAAAAUGAAAACUCUGCCUUGAGGGAAAUCAAAUAAGCUCUUUGUUGAAUCGAGAGUUUCUCUCAAGGAAAGAUGCCAUAUCCUGUUUUAGACAGCUGAACACUUAGUCCCUGUAGACACAACUGACGUAGUAUGCACAGAGACAACUCAACAUCGCACUGUUACUGCCUUAAGCUUGCCUAGGAGGCGGCAUUUAUUCCAUUUGAUGGGAAUGCAUGCUGACUUUCUUUUGAAAGCAUCAAUGUACUGACAAAAGAAAUCCUCAUUUGAAUCCAGCUUACUUCUCCGUUUAAUCGUGUGUCUCAUUUGACUCGAAGGGAACACCCAAAACAGGAUGUGGUAUGUAAGUGCCUCCUGAUUACAUGAGAGAGCAGUGAUGCACAAAAAAGGCACCUCUGUGGUAACAUGACCUCAAAAUGGAGGAUGAGCCCUAACAUUGAGUGAAGCACAAGCUUAAAGGGAUAUUUUACCCAAAAGUGAAAAGCACCAUAAAAGUGGUCCAUACAACAUGUACUGUAUUCCAAGUGUUCUGAAGACAUUUGAUAGAUUUGUGUGAGGAAAAGACUGAAAUGUAUGUUUUUAUUUAUUGCAAAUAUUGUGUGACAGCUGGUCACCACAAGAGCAGCUUGGGUAUUUCACUACAUAAAUGAAAAUAAAACCCUUUUGAUUUCCACUGAAGAAAGUAAUACGGUUUCGAAAGAUUAGUAAAUGACAACAGAAUUUUCAUUUUUGGGUCAACUAUUCCUUUAAUACAAUCUCUAAGCCAAUAUGCGAUUGGUUCCCUUUAGAUCAGGGCUCAAGCUUUGAUGCUCACAGUGAUCUGAAGGCAUUAUUAUUUAUCUCAUGCCCCUCUGAUCACUGUAGCAGUAAUUUCAUAAUCACAAAGCCUAUUUUUAAUAUCCAUUUCACAUGCAAUAAAAUCAAACAUAUACUUGAGCAGCCAUAUUGCAAUUUGACAUGCAUCAAGGGUCACUGGCAAAUCAGUUAUAACACUCAAUUCAACCAUGCCAGUUGUUUUUUAACAAGAAUAUUUUAAAUUGCCGGACGACUAUGUUUACAGAUUUCCAGAAGGGAUAACUAUCAGUUAUCAGACAAAGGAUGUCCAAAGGCACUUUGUCUUAUUAUUGAACAUUGUCCAUGGAUGUUUUAGAGCAGGUGGCUAUUGCCUCAUACAGCACAUACACACAGUCUAGUAUGCAGUUAAUCCAUGUUUCCGCCAAGAAUGGGUGCUUGGAUAUUAGAAAACCCCAUGAAAUUGAAAGAUUUGUGGCUUUUAGUCUUUGUUUAAUCUUUGAGGUUAACUAUAGGUUAGUGUACUCCUAAAAGUGGAGAAAAUUGAAGAUGUACACUGAUCAGCCACAAUAUUAAAACCACAUGCCUAAUAUCAUGUAGGUCCCCCUCAUGACACCAAAACAGCUCUGACUCAUCGAGGGAUGGACUCCACAAGACCUCUGAAAGUGUCCUGUGGUAUCUGGCACCAAGACAUUAGCAGCAGAUACUUUAAGUCCUGUAAGUAGCGAGGUGGGGCCUCCAUGGAUCUGACUUGUUGGUCCAGCACAUCCUAUAGUUGCACAAUCGGAUUGAUAUCUGGGGAAUUUGUAAUGUUCCUCAAACCAUUCCUGAACAAUUUUUGUAGUGUGGCAGGGUACAUUAUCCUGCUGAAGGAGGCCACUGCCAUCAGGGAAUACCGUUGCCAUGAAGGAGUGUACGUGGUCUGCAACAAUCUUUAGGUAGGUGGUAUGUGUAAAACUAACAUCCACAUGAAUGCCAGGACCCAAGGUUUCCCACCAGAUCAUUGCCCAGAGCAUCACACUGCCUCCUUCCCAUAGUGCAUCCUGCUACCAUCCCUUCUCCAGGUAAACGACACACAUGCACCCGGCCGUCCAUAUGAUCUAAAAGAAAACGUGAUUCAUCAGACCAGACCACCUAUUUCCAUUGCUCCAUGGUCCAGGUCUGAUGCUGUGGACAGGGGUCAGCAUGGACAAUCAGACUUUUCUGAGGCUAUGCAGCCCCAUACGCAGCAAGCUGCGAUGCACUGUAUGUUCUCACACUUUCUAUCAUUGCCAGCAUUAAGUUUUUCAGCAAUUUUUGCUAAAGUAGCUCUUCUGUGAGAUCGGACCAGAUGGGCUAGCCUUUGCUCCCCACCUGCAUCAAUGAGCCUUGGGUGCCCAUGACCCUGUCGCUGCCGCACUUAUGGGGUACUAACCACUGCACAAUGGGAAAUCCCCACAGGACCUGCCAUUUUGGAGAUUCUCUGACCCAGUCAUCUAGCCAUCACAAUUCGGCCCUUGUCAAAGACUCUCAGAUCCUUUCGAUUGCCCAUUUUUUCCUGCUUCCAACACAUGAAAUUCAAGAACUGACUGUUCACAUGCUGCCUAAUAUAUCCCACCCCUUGACAGGUGCCAUUGUAACGAGAUAAUAAACAUUAUUCACUUUACCUGUCAGUGGUUUUAAUGUUGUGGCUAAUCAGUGUAUGUAAUUAGACAGUCUCACUCCUGGCAAUGAGAAUGUCACCUUCACCUAAAUUAUAAACACCCCCUAACUCUAAAUAGCAAUGCUAAUGCUUGUUCUUUAUUUCCUUCACAGCCAUCAAUUGAUUGUGAAGGAAGUGGAACAGGUUGCCAUUUGGAUAUGUCCCAGCCCAACAUUUUUCAACAGGAAAAAUAACAAUCCAUUUCAUGGGGUUUUAAACACAAUGGCAAUGCAAGUCAGCAGAUCAAACGGCCCACCAAAUGCUAUAAAUUCUCCCCAUCUAAUAGUGUUGACUUCGUAUUCAUGAAAUUUGGGUUCUGCAAUCUUUGAGAGAGCACUCUAAUUUAGAUAUAAUUAGAUAUUUACUGGUGGUUUGCUUAGUGUGUUAGGAAGUGAAGUGAAAGGUCUUAGUUGCAAGGGAUACGUGCUGAUAAUGCAAUCGUCCAUGAAAUAGCAUGAACUCUUCCAGCCACACUUAAAAAACUCCCAAGGAUUUUUUUUGCACCUCCUAGAAGCAGACCUUGAAGACAAAUCUACCCUGUUGCUACAAAACAAAGUCCACAGUCAAACCCACUGAGAGUGCUGAGUCUUUGAUUACCAUAUGCACACAACAGAAAACACCAAUAACAAACAAUAACAAUCUGUUUUUAGAGGCAUCUUGCAAUAAGCCAUCUGGUCUUAUAUAAGAUAGUGUUCCUUGACACACUUAGGCAGAAAAUACUAUUUAUUUCAGUGCACACAUCAUGCUUCUAGGCGUAAACGCAAAUGGGGUCAGUCACUGGUGGUACACGAAGUUCACAUUUAUUUCAUGCAAAUAAAAAAAUCACCAUUUCAUAGUCAUACUUGAGAUGUAAACUUUUACCAUUUUUAACAACAUAUUUCUUUGUCAUUUCUUACUCCAAAUAUUAUAUUUCCAAUAAGGCAAAGAGGGGUGUUCCAUCUCAGAGUAUAAAGAUAUCAAAAAGUGAAGCGCAGAUGCUCACAUCAGAUGCCAAGAAUAAACACUUUCAAUUACAGUUUAAUUGGCAUUCGUCCCAGACAAAGUGAGAUUUGAUGGAAAGCAGGUUGUAAACUGCUAUUCAUAAGCUUUGUAUGGUUCAUUGUAAUGCUUAAAGCAAAUAUUUUUAGCCAAAACUUGUUGUAGUGACUGAAACCUAACAAAACAACUAACUGUCACAUAAUGGGCAUUUUAAUAACUCCUAAAUGUUGGGCAUGUUGGUUAUGAAUGGGCUCAGGAGUACAGUUUCCUUCAUUGGGACUGGCAAGAAAUCAUAAUCACACUCCAUUUGUUUGGUACAUACAGAUGUGUUUACAUUACAGCCAACAGUUGGUAGCCUUUGCGGUUUAGUUUUGGUUUUUCUUUGGGUAGGGCGGGAUGGAUUUAAAGUGAGUGGGAAUAUUUUUUCUGUCUUCAAAUGUAAAAAUAUAAAAUGGAAAAAUGUAGCAGAAACUGCAACUUUCAUUUUUAUGGGACACUGAAGCUUAUAAAGGUUUAUCUGAUCCUUUUUAUCAGUAAUGUGUCUGUUGAGUACAUGAAAAAAAAAUGGUAAACUGUAAAAAUGUUGAAGAAUAAAAAAGGAAAGAAAAUCCUGGAAAAUAUAAAAAAU